UUAUUUACUUGAAAGUUGUAUAUGAAAAAAUUGUUAAACUGAUCUCCCACGAACAAGAGAUCAUCGACUCUGCCGCAGUAGCAUCAUAACACAUUUAGCAAUAGACAAGCUCACACCUUGUCAGUCUCCCUCAGCUGAACAACCCAAGGAAUGAUGCUCUUGUGCCAACUCAAAUUUUCAAACCCCUCAGGCAAAUAGACAAAAGAACAAGCUGAUGAUCCCUCUUUUUUAUAUAUGUUCUAAAUGAAUCGAAUCCGUUCACAAAAUACUAGGAAACAUUUGCCAGAAAAUCCAAGAAACUCGAAUUGAAAGCUAGCUACCUUUAUAUAUAUAUAUAUAUAUAUAUAUAUAUAGCUUCACGGCUGAUGGGAUUAACUAGUUUGAAACAGACUCUUAGCAAAAUGCAUAAACACCUACAUUUGCUAUCGCCUUUUGUUGCUCUUUGUACUGCUUUUGCCUUGAUAAAAGAAGUUGAUGGCGAGUACUUGAUUGGUGUUGGGAGCUACGAUAUGACGGGUCCUGCUGCUGGGGUUAACAUGAUGGGCUACGCUAACAUGGAGCAGAGCACUGCCGGUAUCCAUUUCAGACUGAGAGCGAGAACUUUCAUCGUUGCUGAAAGUUCACAAGGACCAAGGCUUGCUUUUGUUAAUCUUGAUGCAGGCAUGGCAUCACAGCUUGUCACUAUAAAAGUGCUCGAGAGGCUCCAAGAAAGGUUUGGAGAUUUGUAUACGCAAGAAAAUUUGGCGAUCAGUGGCACUCAUACUCACGCAGGGCCUGCUGGUUACUUGCAGUACGUGGUUUACUCUGUUACUUCUCUAGGGUUUAUCAAACAAUCAUUCGAUGCAAUUGUAACGGCAAUCGAGCAGAGCAUCAUUCAGGCUCACAACAACCUCAAACCUGGCUCGAUCUUCUUGAACUCAGGGGACGUGGAGAAUGCGGGGAUAAACAGGAGCCCAAGUGCAUACCUGUUCAACCCACCAGAAGAGAGGGCUAGAUACCCCAGCAACGUCGAUACAACAAUGACCCUUUUGAAGUUUCUGGAUAUUGAGAGCAAGAACAGCAUAGGUGCGUUCAGCUGGUUCGCCACGCAUGGAACAUCCAUGAGCCGAGACAACAAGCUCAUCAGUGGAGACAACAGGGGCUCUGCUGCGAGGUUCUUCGAAGACUGGUUCUCUUUUGGCAACAAAUCCCUCUCUGCUCCAAUCACCAGGUCUUCUGCCUCCCCCGACAUCAGCAAACUAAUAAAGAAAGCCCAAACGAUCAAGGCCACCGGAGGAAAACCUUGUGGGAAAGCAACCAGCCAAGGCUUCAAGGUGAGGAAGAACGAUGGGUCCCGAUUUGUGGGAGCAUUCUGCCAAUCAAAUGUUGGAGAUGUGACCCCGAAUGUGCUAGGAGCAUUUUGCACUGACACUGGGAAACCUUGUGAUUCCAAUCGCUCCUCUUGCAAUGGCGAUGACCAGCUUUGCGUGGGCCGUGGCCCUGGGUACCCAGAUGAAAUAUUGAGCACCAAGAUCAUUGGAGAGAGGCAAUUCCAAAAGGCCGUGGAGCUAUUCACUUCUGCUACUAACCAAUUGAGUGGAAAAAUUGAUUAUCGCCAUGCGUAUCUAAACUUCACCAACAUCGAAGUGGAGUUGGCUGAAAACACUAUAGUAAAGACUUGUCCAGCAGCCCUUGGGCCGGGUUUUGCGGCUGGGACUACAGAUGGGCCUGGAGCCUUUGGUUUUCCAGGCGACACAGAGAUCAACGAGAUGUGGAAACAAUUAAGGGAUUUGUUGAAAGAGCCCAGCCAAUAUCAGGUGGACUGCCAAAAGCCCAAAUCCGUUUUGCUAAGCACUGGCGAAAUGUUUCUACCUUAUGCCUGGGCGCCCGCUAUUCUUCCCAUUCAAAUGCUGAGGUUGGGAAAUUUUGUUAUCCUAUCUGUGCCUGGAGAGUUCACCACAAUGGCUGGUCGGCGACUGAGGGAAGCAGUCAAAGAGACUUUGAUAAGUAAUGGAAAUGGAGAAUUUGAUGACGACACCCAUGUUGUAAUAGCAGGUCUUACAAACACGUAUUCUCAGUAUGUAGCAACUUUCGAGGAGUAUAAGCAGCAGCGGUAUGAGGCUGCUUCAACACUCUACGGUCCUCAUACAUUGUCAGCUUAUAUCCAAGAGUUUAAGAAACUGGCAGAAGCAAUGGCUACAGGAGAAAAGCUCAGGGGAACAGGAUUGUUACCACCGGAUCUUUCCUCUGUUCAGCUCAGCCUCGUAUUAGACCCUACAGGAGACUCGCCGCCACCAGGCAAAAGAUUUGGAGAUAUGCAGCAAGAUGUAGGCCAACCGAAAGGCGGUUCAUUCAAGAAGGGAGAUAAACCAAAUGCUACAUUUUGGAGUGCUAACCCGAGGUAUGACCUCUUGACAGAAGGCACAUUUGCUGUAGUGGAGAUGCUUCAAGAUGGGCGGUGGAUUCCAGUGUAUGAUGAUGAUGAUUUUUGCUUGUAUUUCAAGUGGAAAGUAGAUACCAGUUUUUAUGGCUUAACAACCAUAGAAUGGGAAGUGCCAGAGGAAGCUGCCUCUGGUGUUUAUCGGUUCAGGCACUUUGGGUCAUCUAAGAAAACCAAGGACUCCCCAAAUGAAUACUUUACAGGCGCAUCUAGCGCAUUCGCAGUGUCAUGAAGGCCGUCGGUGUGGUCUGCAUCUUGUUUAUCAGAA